GUGCGUUGUCAAGCAAACUUGUGCGUGUCUUUGUAAAUGCUCUGAAGAAUGUUCACUUCAUAAGGUGUCUGUGAGUGAUGAUUUGUUCCCAGGACUCAGCGAGGGUACUGGUGACUGAGCUGAGUGGGUCUGGUCAGAUGAACCCAACCCCUGCUGCUUAUGAGGACUCUGACAUGCAGGUGGAGCUCUACCUCUCUCCAGAAAAGCUGGUGGGGCUCCUAUUGAAAGCCUUGUCGGGAACAGAAGACCUAGUUCAGGUCACUUCCCUGGAAAUGUGUGUGGACACUCAGGAGAGCACUCUGGGCAACUUUGGUGCCUACUUGCCCAAGCUGGUGCAGCUGAAAAUGAACAACAGUGUGAUAAUGUCAGUGAGGGACCUGGGAACCACGCUGUCCCAUCUGCAGGUGCUGUGGAUGUCUCGCUGUAACCUGGCAGACCUGGAUGGGAUUCCCUCCUUCUCCUCUCUCAAGGAGCUGUAUGUGGCCUACAACAGUGUGUCGGACCUGAGUCAGGUGAGCAUGCUGGAGAAUCUACAGCUGUUGGACCUGGAAGGGAAUGAUGUGAAUGACCUGGUGCAGGUGCAGUACCUGGGCCUCUGCUCCCAGCUCCGCACACUUACCCUGGAGGGAAACCCUGUCUGUAUGUGCCCCCACCCCAACGCCACACAGGAGGAGGAGGAGGGGUACUGCUACCGGUCAUCAGUCAGGGAGCUGGUCCCGCAGCUGCGUUACCUAGACGACAUGCAUGCCAGGGAGGAGGCGGGGUCUCGCUGUAGCAGCUCCAUGGGGGAAGACUGGGCCCUGCUCAGAGAGUCUUUUAAAGACUGCAGCUCUACAGAGACAGCUGAGGAGAAGAGAGCAGCCAGUGUGUGUGACUACUCCAGACCCAGCACUGGCCAGCGCCUAGCUAACAGCCUCUCCAGUUCCCGUCCCUCCAGCCGACCAGUCACUGCCAGGCCCCUCUCAGCAGCCGGCUCCAGACCCCUCUCUGGGUCGCGACCCUUAUCAGCGGCUGGGUACAGAGCCCUCUCCCCUCCCGGGUCCAGAUCUGGUUCUGCUGAUGCAGAUCUAGUCUCUGUGGACCCAGACGCUAGCGUUCUGACGCACGGUGCAGGGAAGGUCUUGUUCUGUGGGAGCCCUGUCCAGGCCCUCAGAGCCAGGCGACAGAAGAUGAGGAAUGCAGCCCCCUCCCCUGUGUCCACUCCUAGCACCCCGCCCCUCCAUGUUCCGAAGCACACCUAUGACCUUGAGGAGCAAGAAGGAUGCCAGGGCAGUGAUGUGUUCUCUGAGCUCAGGGCCUGGAGGGAACAGCAUAACAAACGUCUAUUAGCCAUGGAGAGGGAUGGGCCUCAGAUACUGACCAUCCUCAAUGGUGAUGAAGAGGAGGAUGAUGAAAGUCUCAGCAUUUUCAGUGGCAAGGAGGAAGAAGAGGAGGGAAAAAAAGAGAGCGCUGGUUUGAGUCACUGGUUAAACACUGACUCGACAGACUCGUCUUCCCAGUCCCCCUCUCCAGAUGUGUUUCCGAGAGAAGCCAAAUCCCCUGAAGUGGCCCUGCUCUCCCUGUCCCCUGACUGCACUCUGUCACCCUCUCCCCCUCAAAGUGCCACAUCAGCCUCUGGUAGCCGGAGGCUGUCAGUGCUGCGAGCACACAGACUGAGGCUCAGUGGUGGGGUGGCUGGGGCUGUUCUAAGGCCUGCUGAAGACCAUACAGACUCAGAGACGGUCACAGGAGUCCGCAUCUUGGAGAGCCAGGGGCUCCAGGAGGCUGUGAGGCCCAAAGUCCCUCUGCUGCCCAAGACUACUUACCACAUGCCCCACAGGCCAGCCUCCAGCCCACUGGUCAGAGGGCUCAGGUCACCAACAGGUGGAGCUUAUGUGCAGUCUGUCAACGGGCUUCAACCAAUUGUCUUGUGCAGACCACCAGGGAGGCCGGCCAUUAUGCGUCCUCACGCGGCCAAGGCAGCUCUGCAGAAAACGCCACAGCGUCUCACACUCCAGCCCAGCAGGGGGAACUCUCACUUAGACUAAGCCACACACUGUCUGGGAUUGUUUCCUGAGAGGGGAACACUCAAAACAGGAGCUGAGGCAGAGAUGGAGAUUGUCCUCCAGGUCCCCGCUCUUCUGAGCUGAGCCAACUUGUGAUGUGAAGACUUCCUUAGAGUGCAGUGACAAGUCUCCCUCUAUGUUAUGUUUAGGAAAGAGGACCCUGGGGGCUGGAUUACAUCCCGUCACCUGGAGAAUGGAACAUAAAAGCUGUGGAAUCCAAGUGUGAACUUGCUAUCUCAGUGUUCUGACUUCCUCUGAUGGACAGUUAGAGAAUCACCUGCAUCCCUCUGCUCUCUCAGCUCAGCACAGUACAGUACUGACAAUGACUCUGAUACUGAGCUCACAUUGGCUUUACUAAGGACAGCAGCUCUAUUUGAAAAGGUUUAUAGUUUGGUCGAAGAUAUAUUUCUUGGAAUGGCCUUUAAAUUGAAUUAGUAUGCUUUUCACAAUGCUGAAUUUUUGUGGGACUUAAGUGUGUUUCACAUGUCUCAUAUCUGUGUUUUUCAGUUUGAAUGACAUUUUGUACUGUUUUUAUUCACUCAAGUACUACCUUAUCCACACCUUAAAUAAAAACAUAGUUUGAUCAACAA